AUGUCGAUCAGACUCAUCGAUACCGAGACUCUACAGCUGAAGCUUUUUGCCGCGAGUCUUGCGCCAAGUUAUGCAAUUCUCUCGCAUACUUGGGUCGGAAACGAGGAGAUCAGCUUACAAGAACUCACGCAACUUUAUGAAUCACCAGAUCACAAGGCAUCGAGAAAGCCUGGCUACCAGAAGAUUAUCGCGACAUGCCGCGAAGCUAAAGCCCACGGCAUACAGUACGCAUGGAUCGAUACCUGCUGCAUUGACAAGACAAGCAGCGCCGAGCUCGGCGAGGCAAUCAACUCCAUGUUCCGCUGGUAUCGUGACGCCCAAGUAUGCUACGCCUUUCUCUCAGACUGGCCGGCGGUCGGUGAGGGCGGCGAAUCUACCGACGACGCACUGCGGAACUGCAGAUGGUUCACCCGCGGCUGGUGUCUCCAGGAACUGAUUGCGCCCAAGAUUCUCCGCUUCUACGACGAGAAGUGGAACUUUCGAGGCCAUAGGUCGGACUUCAGGGACGCCAUCUCGAGCAUAACGCGCAUAGACGUGGACGUGCUCGGGGAUUGCACACUCCUGGACUCGAAGCCGGUGGCUCGCAGGAUGUCCUGGGCAUCGAGGCGGACCACGACGAGGAUAGAGGAUGUCGCCUACUGUCUCAUUGGAAUCUUUGACGUCAACAUGCCGAUGCUGUACGGCGAGGGCGACAGAGCGUUUCUCCGUCUGCAGGAGGAGAUUAUUCGGCGCUCAAAUGACAUUUCCAUCUUCUGCCACGCGCCGCUGCGACCUGAUCCCACGAUACUAGAGACAGGGGCAGAAGAUCUGCCGCGAGAUCUUGCGGACCUUGUUUUCUGCGACAUGCUGGCUAAGUCCCCAGAGGCGUUUUCUGACUCCAACAGCAUCUCGCGUAUUAGAGGGACGUUGCUCGACGGGCGAGAAUUCUCCAUGACGAACCGUGGCAUCCGGUUUGGCCGGCGACGGUUCUUUGAGGUUCCAGAGAUCAACUGCUUGGGACUGAAGCUUGACUAUGCUGCUUCGCCAGAGUGCGAGAACCCAGAGAUAUUCAACGUCUUCCUUCGAAAAGUCGGUCCAAAUUUGUUUUCGAGAGCACUGCCUGCGUCGCCAAAGUAUAGACAUACACUUGUGGAACUAGACGAUGCUCGGAGAACCAUGCUGGUAGAAAAGGAUGCCUGCGUGAUCUCCAGAGUGACCCCAUCCAUUCAACGGCAGAUACAAGAGUCUGUCACGAGGAGAGUCGACGUAUGCAUUCAAAAUCACAACGAGGACUUCAAAGUACACGUGGUGGAAGGCUUCCCCCCAGAUAGAUGGGACAGUCUGAACCGGAAAUUCCUCAUUCCAAAGGACGCGGCAUAUAGAACAAGCCUACGGCUCAGGAUUAGUGUCGGGCAGGACCACAACGACGUCUAUCUCAUCUGCGGAAUACCCAGCACCGGCGCAAGAGAUGGAGGCAGACAGCCGUGGGCUACAUUCUCAACCUCUGAUUGUAGGCACCUAUGGUACAGCGGUGACUGGGGAUAUGAGGAUGAGAGCGAGAUUGCACAGGCUACUGCUCAGUACCUCACGAGUGCUGUACGUCUCAAGGCUCGGAUUGUCCAGGAACCUAGAAAUCUCUGGGGGUCUGUGCCAUUCGCGUGUACAAUUGAGGCUCAUCUGAUAUAA